AGUGUUUUCACUGUGAUGGAGAAGAAAGCUGUCUCUCCUAGUAUUGCGAUUGCAUCGAAGAUGACGACGACACAGGAGCUUGCGAUGGAAGGGGAAAGACAUUUGGAAGAGACUAUCGAAGCGGCUUAUCAGAUAAUUUCCGCCAUGAACGAUGAGCUCUGCAAUCCUUCCUUGUGGUCUACAUCAGCCACCGCGAGUUCCACCGCUCAGACGACGACGACGACGACAGGUUCCAACGGAGCUGCUCUCGUUUCCGCUGAUGCGGCUGCGAUUGAUGGAGCACCGCAUCAGUCGGAAUCCGGUGCUGGUGGAAGCGGCGGAGGAAGCGGAAAUAGCGCUCUCGAUGAGGCUAGUCUUCGCUAUAAGAACUCCGUGACUUCUCUUCGUGCUGUUCUUGCUGCAAUUCCAAAUUCGCUGAAGACAAAAGCAUUUGAAACGGAAAAUGGAUUCGGAACUCCUGAAAGUGAAGAAGAAAUCGAAAAGUUGGAAGAGCAAGCUUUAAGUCUCAGAAAGGAGAUUGCUAAGAGGAAUGUUCACGUCAAAGAGCUUAUCGACAAAUUUCGAGAACUUAUAGCUGAUAUCUCUACAUGGCAAAGCCCUUGUUCUGUUUGAGUGCCUCAGUUGAUGUGAUGUAUUAGUUUUAGAUAUUUUCUUGUUUUGAUAUCGAGACAAGACUCUUAGAUAGUUCUUGAAUGCCUCAGUUGAUGUGAUGUAUUGUUGUUUUGAUGUCGAGACAAGACUCUUAGAUAUUCACAUUUUGUAGUGAACCAUUAAUAUCUAAAAGAUGACAUUGUAUAUAAAUUUUUUCA